AUGCGGCCUUGUCACACGAUUCCGGGCGCGUCAUCUCGUCCCUCACCAGUCCCUCACCAAUUGACCACCGCCAUCCUUAUGAUGUCGCCUCUUGUACUCGUCGCGGUGGAAUCGUGCGUCAGGAAGAAGGGCGAGUAUGCGGUCCUGAGCGUCGGCGUGGACUACUACGUACAUGGCCCAUCGCGUCCGACUAGUCUCUGGACUGGUACAAUAGUCAUUCGCGCCAACAAUUGCAAUCUAAUCUGCAUGACUUGCAAUGUGCGCGAGUUAUGGCUACUGUGGCAUCGGCGUGAUACGGUCUUGGACCCGCGGGAUGAUUCAGGACUCGCAACAUCAAGCGUGUCGAUGCACCGAGGAAUGUCGCCAGGUUGA